AUGGAGAAUGUCAAUGGACAUGUAAAGUUCCAAAACCACUAUAGUCGCAUACAUGUGGAUCUGAGUGGAAAUUGUAAUACUUGGAGAUCAGAUAUUAAAUCUGAAGAUGGAGGCUGGUUGUCUGCCAAUGUUUUUGUUGACACCAUUGAGCAGAAUUGGCAUGCUAAUUUAAAAAUUGAUAAUCUUUUUGUCCAGCUGUUUGAAAGGAUCCUUGAAAUUCCAAUUACAUGGUCUAAAGGGAGGGCUAGUGGUGAGGUUCACUUGUGCAUGUCCAAGGGGGAGACUUUUCCAAAUUUUCAUGGACAACUUGAUGUGAUAGGGUUGGAUUUCCAACCGUUGGAUGCUCCAUCAUCUUUUUCUAACAUAUCAGCAAGUUUAUGUUUUCGUGGUCAAAGAAUAUUUUUGCACAAUGCAAGCGGCUGGUUUGGCAGUGUUCCUUUAGAAGCAUCAGGAGACUUUGGCAUUCAUCCUGAAGAAGGAGAGUUUCAUCUUAUGUGUCAGGUUCCUGGUGUUGAAGUGAAUGCUUUGAUGAAAACUUUUAAGAUGAAACCUCUUCUCUUCCCGGUACAUUUCUUUAGUAUGGUGAGGUGGCUAGCUGGAUCAGUAACUGCUCUAUUUAACUGUCAAGGCCCACUUGAUACUCCUGUAUUUGUCGGCACUGGAAUGGUUUCUAGGACGUUCUCUUAUUUACAGACUGAGACCACUGCAUCUGUAGCAUCUGAAGCACUUGCUACGAGUAAGGAAGCUGGAGCACUGGCAGCAUUUGAUCGUGUUGCUGAUUUAUAUGGAAUUAGGGCUUGCCUUGUUGAUGGUGGUGAAAUUCGAGGGGCUGGGAAUGCAUGGAUAUGCCCAGAGGGUGAGGUGGACGAGACAGCAAUAGACGUGAAUUUUUCUGGAAGUUUGGCCUUUGAUAACAUCGUGCUUCGUUAUAUGCCAAGUUAUUAUCAUCAUAUGCCCCUUAAAUUGGGAGUAUUAAAUGGAGAAACAAAACUUUCAGGAUCCCUUUUAAGACCAAGGUUUGAUAUAAAAUGGACUGCACCUACAGCUGAAGGGUCUUUCAAUGAUGCUCGAGGAGACAUCAUAAUCUCACAUGACUUUAUUACUGUGAAUUCUGCUUCAGCUGCAUUUGAUCUGUAUACGAGAGUUCUAACAUCUUACCCUGAUGAUUUUCAUGAUAAAAAAGAGUUUAAUAUUCCAAGAGCCGUUCCAUUUACCAUUGAUGGAGUUGAGUUGGAUUUACGUAUGCGCGGCUUUGAAUUCUUCAACUUGGUUUCUGCUUAUGCUAUGGAUUCUCCUAGGCCGUUGCAUUUGAAAGCAGCUGGAAGGAUCAAGUUUCAGGGAAAGGUUUUAAAACCUAAUGGCAAUAUUAGCGAUGAAAAUUUUGAUGUGACAAGGCAGCAUGUACAAAUAUUGGAGAAAGGAAUUGCAGAUAGUCUUGUUGGUGAGGUUUCAAUCUCUGGUCUCAAACUGAAUCAACUGAUGCUUGCACCUCAGUUGUCUGGGUUGUUGAGAGUUUCUCCCAAGCGUAUCAAGUUGGAUGCCUCUGGUAGACCUGAUGAAAGUCUUGCAGUGGAGUUUGUUGGGCCGCUGCAGCCCAGUAGUGAAGAUGGUCUGCAAAGUGGGAAAUUGUUGUCAAUUUCCCUUCAGAAAGGUCAAUUGAGGGCUAACAUUUGUUUUCAACCAUUUCAUUCUGCUAACUUGGAGGUACGGCAUUUUCCACUUGAUGAAUUGGAGCUUGCUUCUCUUAGGGGAACUAUACAGAGAGCAGAAAUCCAGCUUAAUAUUCAGAAAAGAAGAGGACAUGGAGUCCUUUCUGUACUUCGGCCAAAAUUCAGUGGUGUGCUUGGUGAAGCCCUAGAUGUGGCAGCUAGGUGGAGUGGAGAUGUUAUCACUAUUGAAAAAACUGUUUUGCAACAAAACUACAGUUACUAUGAACUUCAAGGUGAAUAUGUGUUGCCUGGUAGCCGAGAUCGUAAUCCCGCUGAUAGAGAAGGCGGCCUUAUAAAAAGGCUAAUGUCUGGUCAUAUUGGCAAUGCUAUAUCCUCAAUGGGCAGGUGGAGAAUGAAACUUGAAGUUCGAAGAGCAGAGGUUGCUGAGAUGCUUCCCCUUGCAAGGCUUCUAUCACGAAGUAUGGAUCCUGCUGUUCGAUCAAGAUCUAAGGAAUAUGGCCUGAAUAAGAAUACUCCUCAUGAGACGUGGGCAUUCUUAGGACCCAAGCCUAUUUCAGCCUACCCUUCUACACACCCUUCUUGCUUCUGUUCUCUCUCCAUACUACAAACCUCCCCUCCCCCCGAUGGUCUGUUGUCAGGUUGGCAGGAUUUCUUCAUUCAAAAUUUGCAGUCAGUGGGGUUAUACACUGAAAGCAUUCAACAACUGCUUGAGACAGUGAGGGGGCUUCAUGCUCCAUCAAAUGAUGUUGUUCUUGAAGAUUUAAGCCUGCCUGGUUUAUCUGAACUCAAAGGUCACUGGCAUGGAUCUCUUGAUGCUAGCGGUGGGGGAAAUGGAGACACCCUGGCAGAAUUUGAUUUUCAUGGUGAGGACUGGGAGUGGGGAGACUACAAAACUCAGCAUGUGUUGGCAGUUGGUGCUUACAGUAAUGAUGAUGGUAUGCACCUGGAGAAAAUUUUCAUCCAGAAGGAUAAUGCCACUAUCCAUGCAGAUGGAACAUUGCUAGGGCCUAAAACCAACCUCCAUUUUGCAGUCUUAAAUUUUCCUGUUAGUCUGGUCCCAACUGUAGUUCAGAUCAUUGAAUCUACAGCAAUGGAUGUUGUUCAUUCUCUGCGACAGUUGUUGGCACCCAUUAAGGGUAUAUUGCACAUGGAAGGAGAUCUUAGAGGAAGUUUAGCAAAACCAGAAUGUGAUGUGCAAGUAAGGCUACUUGAUGGUUCUGUUGGUGGUGUGGAUCUUGGAAGAGCCGAAGUUGUUGCCUCUCUAACCUCAACCAGUCGUUUUCUUUUCAAUGCAAAAUUUGAACCUAUAACCCAAAAUGGUCAUGUACUCGUUCAGGGUAGCAUUCCUGUUGCAUUUGUACAAAAUAACACAUUACAGGAAGAUGUAGAAUUAGAUAAGAGUCAGGUUACUUGGGUUCCUGAUUGGGUGAAGGAGAAGAAUAGAGGGACCGUUGAUGAUGCUACAGAAAAAAAAGUUAGUAGAGAUAGAAAUGAAGAAAGUUGGAAUACUCAAUUAGCAGAAAGUCUUAAAGGACUAAAUUGGCAAAUUUUAGAUGUUGGAGAAGUCAGGAUUGAUGCCGAUAUAAAAGAUGGGGGAAUGACAUUGGUUACUGCUUUAUCUCCUCAUGCCAAUUGGCUUCAUGGCAAUGCAGAUUUGAAGCUUGAGGUCAGGGGUACAGUUGAUCAACCAGUACUUAAUGGACACGCCUCUUUCCACAGGGCAUCUAUUUCUUCACCUGUGUUACGAAAACCAUUAACCAACUUUGGUGGAAAUGUUCACGUGCAAUCAAACAGGUUAUGCAUCACCUCGCUGGAGAGUAGGGUAAGCCGAAAAGGAAAGCUUCUUGUGAAAGGAAACCUGCCACUCAGAACUAGUGAAGCAGCCCCUGAUGACAAGAUUGAAUUGAAGUGCGAAGUUCUAGAAGUUGAUUCUCAGUUGCAAAUAACUGGUUCAAUAUUGCAACCAAACAUAUCUGGGAAUAUCAAAAUAAGUCAGGGUGAAGCAUAUUUGCCACAUGAUAAAGGUGGUACUUCUGCUUCGAAUAGAUUUCCAUCCAAUCAGUCUGGGCAUCCCACUGCUGGUGUCAGUCGUGUGUUUGCUUCAAGAUAUGUUUCACGAUUUCUCAAUUCGGAAUCCGCUCCUUCAAGGGUGACAGUUUCUCAAUCCUCUGGUUCUGGUAUUACUUUGCAUGUCUUUCAAUUUAGCCUGUAA